AUGGUGGCUUCAGGAGCCAACGGCACCAACGGCCGGAGGGUGCCUGUUGCUAACGGCCACGCUUCUUAUGCCGAGAAGCACAACAUUGCAGACCACUUCAUUGGAGGCAACAGCCUAGCCAAUGCGCCGCCGGGCAAGGUCAAGGACUUUGUUGCCCAACAUGAUGGUCACACAGUUAUUACAAACGUUUUGAUUGCAAACAACGGUAUUGCCGCCGUCAAAGAAAUUCGGUCCGUUCGAAAGUGGGCUUAUGAAACGUUUGGUGACGAGAGAGCCAUUCACUUCACCGUCAUGGCCACCCCCGAAGAUCUGCAAGCUAAUGCGGACUACAUUCGAAUGGCCGACCAUUAUGUGGAGGUUCCUGGCGGCACCAACAAUCACAAUUAUGCCAACGUGGAGCUGAUAGUGGAUAUCGCCGAGCGUAUGAAUGUACACGCUGUUUGGGCUGGCUGGGGUCAUGCCUCGGAGAACCCCAAACUACCAGAAUCUCUGGCUGCUUCGCCCAACAAGAUUGUCUUCAUUGGCCCCCCCGGCUCGGCCAUGCGUUCGCUUGGCGACAAAAUUUCCUCCACAAUUGUUGCUCAGCACGCCUCAGUGCCUUGCAUUCCGUGGUCAGGAACCGGCGUUGAUGAGGUCCGGAUCGACAAGAAUGGCAUCGUUACCGUCUCCGACGAAGUCUACGCCAAGGGCUGCGUAACCUCAUGGCAAGAAGGUCUGGAAAAGGCCAAGGAGAUUGGCUUUCCAGUCAUGAUCAAGGCCUCCGAAGGUGGUGGCGGCAAGGGUAUUCGUAAAGCUUUGGGCGAGGAAGGCUUCGAGGCCCUGUACAAGGCCGCCGCCAGCGAGAUUCCAGGGUCUCCCAUUUUCAUCAUGAAGCUGGCUGGAAACGCCAGACAUUUGGAAGUCCAGCUGCUCGCCGAUCAGUACGGCAACAACAUCUCGCUCUUUGGAAGAGAUUGUUCCGUCCAGCGGCGCCACCAGAAGAUUAUCGAAGAGGCGCCCGUCACUAUUGCCAAGCCCGACACAUUCAGAGCCAUGGAGAAUGCCGCUGUUCGCUUAGGCAAGUUGGUCGGUUACGUAUCCGCCGGUACUGUGGAAUACCUGUACUCGCACGCCGAUGACAAGUUCUACUUCCUCGAGCUCAACCCGCGUCUCCAGGUCGAGCAUCCUACCACUGAAAUGGUCAGUGGCGUUAACUUGCCCGCUGCUCAGCUCCAGAUUGCCAUGGGCUUGCCUCUGCAUCGUAUUCGUGAUAUCCGAGUCCUGUACGGGAUCGACCCCAGAACCUCCGGCGAGAUUGACUUCGAGUUCAAGAACGAGGGCACCUCGCAGGCGCAGCGACGACCUACACCCACUGGCCAUACCACUGCCUGUCGUAUCACAUCGGAGGAUCCUGGUGAAGGAUUCAAACCUUCCAAUGGUGUCAUGCACGAGCUGAACUUUCGAAGUAGUUCCAACGUCUGGGGUUAUUUUUCCGUCGGUACGCAGGGCGGUAUUCACAGCUACUCCGACAGUCAGUUCGGUCACAUUUUUGCGUACGGCGAGAACCGGCAAGCGUCUCGAAAACACAUGGUCGUCGCCUUGAAAGAACUCAGCAUCCGUGGUGAUUUCAAGACCACCGUUGAAUACCUCAUCAAGCUGCUCGAGACAGAGGCCUUUGAGGAUAACACGAUUUCCACCGGCUGGCUCGACGAACUGAUAUCCAAGCGCCUGACUGCAGAGAGACCAGACACCAUGCUGGCCGUGGUGUGUGGUGCCAUUACCAAGGCUCAUAUUGCCAGCGAAGCCUGCAUUGCCGAGUAUCGCGGUGGCCUGGAAAAGGGUCAGGUCCCGUCAAAGGAGAUCCUCAAGACCGUCUUUACCAUCGACUUCAUCUACGAAGGUUUUCGAUACAAGUUCACUGCCACGCGUGCGAGCGCAGACAGUUACCAUCUCUUCAUCAACGGCUCCAAAUGCACCGUUGGUGUUCGCGCUCUCAGCGACGGUGGUUUGCUGAUUCUUCUCGACGGUCACAGCCACAACGUCUACUGGAAGGAGGAAGUCGGCGCCACCCGCCUGUCCGUUGACAGCAAGACUUGCUUGCUCGAGCAGGAGAAUGACCCUACUCAGCUUCGAACCCCCAGUCCCGGCAAGUUGGUUCAGUAUGCCGUUGAGAACGGCUCUCACGUCAAGGCUGGCCAGACUUAUGCCGAGGUUGAGGUCAUGAAGAUGUACAUGCCCUUGGUUGCCCAGGAGGACGGCAUUGUCCAGCUCAUCAAGCAGCCUGGCGCCACUCUAGAGGCUGGCGACAUUUUGGGUAUACUUGCCCUGGACGACCCCAGCCGCGUGAAGCAAGCCCAGGCUUUUGUUGACAAGCUCCCUUCGUACGGCGACUCCGUCGUGGUCGGUUCCAAGCCCGCUCAGCGCUUCUCCGUUCUUCGCUCCAUCAUGUUUAAUAUCCUGAGUGGUUACGACAACUCCGUCGUCAUGGCCGCCGCCCUUAAGGAGCUCAUCGAAGUCCUUCGCAACCCCGAACUGCCUUACAGCGAAUGGAAUGCUCAAUUCUCGGCUCUGCAUGCUCGCAUGCCUCAGAAGCUGGAUGCUCAGUUCGCCCAAAUCGUUGAGCGCUCCAAGGCUCGCCACGCCGAGUUCCCUGCCAAGGCACUGCAGAAAGCUUUGUCCAAAUUCCUGGAAGAAAGCGUUUCUGGAAACGACGCCGAGACGUUGAAGAAUACUCUGGCUCCUCUCACUGACGUCCUGAACUCCUACGCCGAGGGAACCAAGGUGCACGAGCUCAACUUCAUACAGUCCUUGCUGGAGACGUACUGGGAGGUGGAGAGACUGUUCCUCACGCACGCUCAGGAGGACAGCGUCAUCCUCAGACUUCGUGACCAGAACAAGGACAACCUUGGCAAGGUCGUCCAGACUGCUCUAUCCCACAGCCGUGUCAGCGCGAAGAGCUCUCUCAUCCUGGCUAUUUUAGACGAGUAUCGCCCCAACAAGCCCAACGUCGGCAACAUCAGCAAGUACCUGCGGGAUUCUUUGCGCAAACUUACCGAGCUUUCAUCUCGCGCCACCUCGAAGGUGUCUCUCAAGGCUCGCGAGAUCAUGAUUCAAUGCUCGCUUCCUUCUUUGGAGGAGCGUACCGCCCAGAUGGAGCACAUCCUUCGAUCAUCCGUUAUCGAGAGCCGGUACGGAGAGAGCGGCUGGGACCACCGUGAGCCCAAUCUCGAUGUCAUCAAGGAGGUUGUCGACUCCAAGUACACCGUUUUCGACGUACUCCCGCUCUUCUUCAGCCAUGAAGACCCCUGGGUCGGUCUUGCAGCUCUGGAAGUCUAUGUUCGCCGUGCGUACCGAGCCUACAUCUUGAAGCAGAUUGACUACCACAACGACGAAACCGACUCGCCGCUGUUUGUUUCUUGGGACUUUCAGUUGCGAAAGAUUGGCCAAUCAGAAUUCGGCCUACCUCUUCAAUCUGCUGCACCCUCUACUCCUGGAACUCCUGGAAUUCCCGAUCCCAACCUGAAGCGCAUCUACUCCAUUAGCGACAUGUCCUACCUCAGCAGCAAGUGGGACGAGGAGCCCUCUCGAAAGGGCAUCAUCGUACCCUGCAAGUAUCUGGAUGAUGCCGAGGAGUUGGUGCAAAAGGCCCUUGAAACGCUGGCAUUCCACAACAAGCAGACCAAUCAAUACAAUGCCACCGCCAGGUUCAAUGAGCUCGCCGACAAGCGCAGGCCCUUGUCUGCCAUCAAGAGGGAUUCAAAGCUUGACGGGGAGCUCUCUGCCGUCAUCAAUAUCGCUGUUCGCGACGCUGAAAGUAAAGAUGACAAGGAGCUCCUGUCACGUAUCAAGCCCAUUGUUGAGCAGUUUCGCGGCGAGCUGUUGGCUCGUGGCGUGCGACGGUUGAGCUUCAUAUGCGGUCACAGCGACGGCUCAUACCCGGGCUACUACACGUUCCGAGGACCAGAGUACCUCGAGGAUGACAGCAUUCGUCACAGUGAACCUGCUCUUGCCUUCCAGCUUGAACUGGGACGUCUCGCCAAGUUCCACAUCAAGCCCGUAUUUACCGAGAACAAGAACAUUCACGUCUACGAGGCUGUUGGCAAGGCCGUCGACACGGACAAGCGGUACUUUACCCGCGCCGUCAUUCGACCUGGUCGCCUCCGUGACGAGAUUCCCACUGGCGAGUACCUCAUCUCGGAGGCAGACCGCGUCAUUAACGAUAUAUUCGACGCCCUCGAGAUUAUCGGCAACAACUCAUCCGAUCUCAACCACAUCUUCAUGAACUUUACUCCCGUCUUCCAAUUAGACCCUCGGGCCGUUGAGCAGAGCCUCCAAGGUUUCUUGGAUCGGUUCGGUGCUCGUGGCUGGCGCUUGCGUGUCGCGCAGGUGGAAAUCCGCAUCAUUUGCACAGAUCCCAAGACGAGCACGCCUUAUCCUCUUCGUGUCGUUAUCACCAACACCUCUGGAUACGUCGUCAAUGUCGACAUGUACGCAGAGCGAAAGUCGGAGAAGGGCGAAUGGGUCUUCCACAGCAUUGGGGGCACCAGCGAAAAGGGACCUCUGCACUUGCUACCCGUCAACACUCCUUAUGCCACCAAGAACGCUCUCCAACCCAAGAGGUACAAGGCCCACCUCAUGGGAACCCAGUACGUGUACGACUUCCCCGAGCUCUUCCGUCAAGCUAUCCAAAACAGCUGGAUCAAGGCUGUCAAGGACCAGCCGGCCUUGUCUAGCCAGCAGCCCAAGGCUGGCGACUGCGUCUCCUUCACCGAGCUUGUUCUCGACGACAAGGACCACCUUCAGGAGGUUAACCGCGAGCCCGGCACCAACGCUUGCGGCAUGGUCGGUUGGAUCUUCAAAGCACGUACCCCCGAGUACCCUACCGGCCGCCGCUUCAUCGUUGUUGCCAACGACAUUACUUACAAGAUUGGAUCGUUUGGUCCCAAGGAGGACAAUUUCUUCCACAAAUGCACCGAACUGGCCCGCAAGCUCGGCAUACCCCGCAUCUAUCUGUCUGCCAACUCUGGCGCUCGACUGGGUCUUGCUGAAGAGCUGAUGCCGUUUUUCAAGGUUGCGUGGAACGACCCUGCCAAGCAGGAUGCCGGUUUCAGGUAUAUGUACCUGGACGAAAAGGCCAAGGAGACUUUCAAAAACGAAGUCAUGACCGAGGAGGUCACGGAAGAUGGCGAGAAGCGCCACAAGAUUGUCACCAUUGUCGGCCGUGAAGACGGUCUUGGCGUUGAGUGCUUGAGAGGAUCUGGUCUGAUUGCCGGUGCCACCAGCAGAGCCUACAAUGACAUUUUCACCGUGACCUUGGUCACCUGCCGAUCAGUUGGCAUCGGCGCCUACCUCGUCCGUCUUGGCCAACGUGCCGUCCAAAUCGAGGGCCAGCCCAUCAUCCUGACUGGCGCUCCCGCUCUGAACAACUUGCUAGGCCGUGAAGUGUAUACGUCUAACCUGCAGCUUGGUGGGACGCAGAUCAUGUACCGCAACGGCGUCUCCCACAUGACUGCCAAUGACGACUUUGCCGGUGUUUCGCGCAUCGUCGAAUGGAUGUCAUUCGUGCCAGAGAAGCGCAAUGGCCCCGUUCCCGUCAGCCCCAGCUCCGACUCUUGGGAUCGCGAUGUUGUCUACAGCCCACCCCAGAAGCAGGCCUUUGAUGUACGAUGGAUGAUUUCUGGCAAGCAUGACGACGACGGCAGUUUCCAGAGCGGCCUCUUCGACAGGGACUCCUUUGUCGAAACGCUCGGCGGAUGGGCUCGAACUGUCGUUGUUGGACGUGCUCGUCUCGGAGGUAUCCCCAUGGGUGUCAUUGCGGUCGAGACUCGGUCCGUCGAGAACAUCACCCCCGCCGAUCCCGCCAACCCCGACUCUAUGGAGCAGGUCAGCAACGAGGCUGGCGGCGUGUGGUACCCCAACUCGGCCUUCAAGACUGCUCAGGCCAUCAACGACUUCAACAAUGGUGAGCAACUGCCGUUGAUGAUUCUGGCCAACUGGAGAGGCUUCUCUGGUGGUCAACGCGACAUGUACAACGAAGUCCUCAAGUACGGGUCCUUCAUCGUCGACGCUCUCGUCAAGUACGAACAGCCCAUCUUUGUUUACAUUCCGCCCUUUGGUGAACUUCGAGGCGGAUCUUGGGUUGUGGUCGACCCUACAAUCAACCCCACCGUCAUGGAGAUGUAUGCUGAUGUCGAGGCUCGUGGUGGUGUCUUGGAGCCCGAGGGCAUGAUUGGCAUCAAGUACCGCAAGGAGAAGCAGCUCGAGACGAUGGCUCGCAUGGAUGCAACCUAUGCCAGUUUGAAGAAGGAACUGAACAGGAAGGACCUGACUCCGGAGCAGGCUGCCGACAUCAAGCAGAAGGUGACGGCUCGCGAGAAGGAGCUGCUACCCGUCUAUGCGCAGAUUGCGGUGCAGUUUGCUGAUUUGCACGACCGUGCCGGACGUAUGAAAGCCAAAAAUGUCAUUCGCGACCAGCUGGAGUGGGCAAACGCGCGUCGCUACUUUUACUGGCGCCUGCGCCGUCGUCUUAACGAGGAGUACAUUCUCCGCCGAAUGGCGUCGAGUGUCUUGUCAUCAUCAUCAUCGUCAUCAUCAUCAUCAUCUGCGGACCCGAACUCGACCAAGGCCAGCGAAGUACGAGCGCAAAACCUGCGACUUUUGCAGAGCUGGUCAAACAUUACUCCGUUUGACCGCAGCGAUAGACAGGUUGCUGAGUGGUAUGAGAAGGAGAGGAAGACGAUUGGUGACAAGGUUGAUGUUCUCAAGGCUGAAAGGCUGGCUCUUGAUGUAGCGGAGCUGGUUCGUGGCCAGAAGGCUGCAGGCUGGAAGGGUGUGCGUGAGGUGCUGAGGGUCAUGCCCGUUCAGGAGCGGGACGCGAUUCUGCAGUAUCUCAAGGAAUAG